AUGGUAAAGCGGUUAGGCAACCGUCAUUGCUGCGUAGUUCUUAUCGUCCUAACACUCUUUGUCAUCCUGUUUUUCUAUACCAAUGUUCUUCCGUCGCCUGAAACUCUGGUUUCGAAAAACAUGAUUGCCGAGGACGUUUCGUCCUACACUACAUUGCCACAAAGAAGGAGUUUGCUUAUUGUCGGCCAAGGGCGUUCGGGGACAAGUUUUGUGUCGAAGAUGAUGGCGAUUGGAGAACGGGUGAGUAAAAAUAAUGUCUAAUGAGCACCCAAUAAGUUUUGCAAGUUGUUCCUUAGUCCAACAUAACAGUGCAGAGACCAACGUGAAAGAUGAUAGUUAUGCAAAGAAGCUUAGAAUGGUUAUGUGUUAUCAAACGUGAACACCAAAGUACACUCUGACCCAAACCAAAGCUAUACGACUGAGAUCGUGUGAUAUAUAUUUUUAUGCAGAGAAAGUAGGAAAAAAUGAAAUUCCAUUAAACUUUUUGGGCAUUGCUCCAACUAAUUUCUGCACAUUUUGGCACAUGUAAGAAGGCUUUUAAAUUCUCUCCUAUGAUUUUAUUUUUGGUUGCUAAAAUUCCCCCCAACCGUUGCUUUAACUGCUAAAAAGUUAGAAAGCUUGAAUUCCUCUAACUAACAUCAGCUUCCAUGUUCUGACAUAUGAUUUUUGAAAGAGGCUAUAGGCGGAUUCAUGUUGACGUCAUUGUUUACAUUUUUGCUCAUUAGCAUACGAGUUAACCCAUAGAAGCUGUAGCCGUAUAUACCAAUUAAGUGCAAACUGAAAAUUGAAGGAGCUGGUUUAUUUAAUAUGCAGUUUGUGCAAGAUUCAGCUCUUUCCAAUCAGUAGCAAAGAAAACAGCAGCAAAAAUAAAAAAUGCAAAAUUACAGGAUGGCAAAACGUUAAGGAGCUCAUACAUUCUUUGUAAUUUUUUUUUUUUUUUUUUCAAAAAACAGUCGAACCUCUUUAAAACGGACAUAGAGGGGACAGAGCGUAGUGUCUGUAUUAGAGAGGUGUGUGUAUAAAAGAGGUCACUAUGAUGACGUCACUUUUAUGGCACUCCAGUUACAGUUUUAAGUGUUCAGUAGCUAUUUCCAGGCUAACACUCGUCUUUAAACUGCAUUUAAAGUUAUUAAUUCACAGUACAAAGACAUUGUCUUUCAGUAGCAUAGAACAUUAUACAUCUCAGCUACAGACAAAAUACUGUCUUCAAACAAAACGAGCUACGGCGAAAUGCUGCAUGGCGUAAAAAGUCAGUAACGUAAAGUACAAUUCUGAAAGCGUCUUUCGCUAUUUUGCAAGUGCAGUAAACAGUAACUAGAGAACAAAAUGUGAUAUCGAUGUGAUAGAAAAGAUCUUUCUGCUGUCUGUAGUUAUUGAUGCCUUCAAAAAGUGGGUUAUGUUCCUCUGUACGCCUUUCGCAAAUCAUUGUUGGUAUACAGCGACAGGGCUUUAUAUCACCUUGCAUAGCCCAUCAGCCAGACUAGACAGUAUACACCCUAUGCAGAUUCAUCUGAUCGGGAUUCGGGAUUCACCUGAUCACCACAGUGUCCGUAACAAAGAGGUUAAGUUUGUAUGAGUUUACUCUCUUGGGCCGAGAUUUAGUGUCAGUUGUCCGUACAUAGAGAGAGUACGUAUUACAGAGAUUUUUUGAAAGAAAAUAUGUGAGAAUUUUGUUGGGACAUUAGAAACUGUCCGUAAUAGAGUGGUGUCCGUACCGAGAGGUUCGACUGUAUUUGGUGUAUCGGGCUAAAAUUUUCAAGGAAAACUGAAAUUGUUAUUCUUUUUCAUUAUUUAGGAUUUUCAAUUUUUUAGCUUCAUCAGAUAACGAUAUUAAAGUCUAUGCUAAUGAGGCAAAAAAAGGAAACAAGGGUUCGCCUGUUGGGUGAAGAUUUUUUUAAACUCAACAGCACUUUUAAAAAACUGCUUAUGAGUUGUGCGAGUUUCUACUGUAUGGCCGCAAAGUGGAGCGAGGAGGGGAGGGAGAGGGAUGACUUCCGUAUGCCCGGCCUGUGGCGGGGAUAUUUGUCCGAAAAUUAGAAUUAAACCGCUGAAUAUUUAUUUAAGCGUGGAAUUAAUUAAAACAAACAACCACAUAAGAGCUAUAGUGAUUUUUACUGUACUAAAAAGAUGUUGACAUUGAAUGCUGUCUCCAACUCGCGCACAACUUUAGAGACGAGGAGAAACCUGGACCGAGUUUACUUUCGCAAGGAUGGUUACCUUGGUUACAAGAGACAGGGAAAACAAUUGGCCAAUAGCUGACCCGCGCGUACCUAGUGACAAUCCCAGAAGCAAUUGCGGGAUGCAUUUUGGCUCAGGUUCCCAGUUUCCUUCUCGUCGCUAGAGCUACAAGCAAACGGACGCAACAACUCCCAACAAUGUUGAAUGUAGUGAAGUAAAAAUUGACUCUUGUACAAAGUGGCGAUUUUUAGUUAAUAAAACGAAGGGUUUUUUUGCGUUUUCUACAGGUUUUCGAAGUUUAUGAGCCUUUGCGAUUUCACAAUCUUUCGGACGCCCAAAAAAUGGAGGUUUUACAAGCAUUUCUUACCUUGAAGUUUACACCAAGCGCCUUAUGGGAAAAGGAUUAUUAUCCUCCAUUUUGGUAUUUAAAAGAGACAAGCUAUCAUAUCGAACGCCUUAAAAACAAGGCGUGUAUCAUAUUCAAGACAAAACCAACAAGGUGCUUUCCAGCAGAUGCUUUGGCUGAUUAUUUUAUCAAAAAGAGCAAACAGAAGUAUGACAGCACAGUCGUUAAAGAACUUACUAACCGAUUACCAGAUGGCAGAUUGUUAAGUCUUCUCCCACUGAUCUCCGAUCUAGCAUUGGAUGCUGAUAUUCGGAUAUUGCAUGUUGUUCGCGACCCAAGAGCGAGUAUAAAUUCCAGAAUUAAACUGAGGUGGUUUCCCGAGUUCAAUGAUCCAAGCUUUGAGGAAAAAGUUCGAUAUUAUUGUAAAGCCAUCAUUGACAACAUCGAGUUUCGCGAAACACUGAAUGAGACUCUUAAACACAGAUACAAACUUAUUUUGUAUCGACAGAUCGCAGCUCGACCGCUUGACACAGCAAGAGAAAUCUUCAAGUUCGCCGGCUUGAAUCUUUCUGACAGCACUUUAGAGUGGAUUAAAAACAUGACAAAUCCUGGCGAAACGGAUGCAAAAGAGUUUAAAGACCAUAUUCCCUUGUGA